CUGUUUACCUCGUUUUGGAAUGAGACACUGAGCGUGACAGCUGUCAUAUCAGGAAUAUGAUCGAAACAGAUACUUUUUAAUGUAAACAAUUCGAUCUGUAUCUGGACUGGCCAAUUAAGAAAUCAAUUAGCCGCAUUUAACCGAUUACGAAUUAAUUACAUUUGAACUAUACUUUUAAAUAAACGUUGUAAAGGAUGACAAUGGGCGAUGAGACUCCAGUUACAUCACUGGUCCUUCCUGUCAUCUUAAGACCAAUAUUAAUGAAGCUAGAAAGACAAAAUGUAUUGGCAGCUCAGACAUUACGUACAGCUUUAUUGAAAGCUGAAAAUUCCCAUCCAGGAAUUACACACGAUUUAAUCCUUGGUAUAAUACGACGGGCAGAACUUAAUCUUGAUAUGAAUGAGAGUGUUUUAAGAUUACAAGGAGCAGCUUCUGAUUAUGAUGUUGUAGAAUAUAGAUCAUCUAGGUCUGAGGAUGCUUUCCAGGAAUUAAAUCGUAAAUCAACUUCCUUAAAAAGAAUACUUAGCAGAAUUCCUGAUGAAAUAACAGAUCGGAAAACUUUUCUCGAAACAAUCAAAGAAAUUGCAAGUGCAAUAAAGAAACUUUUGGAUGCAGUGAAUGAAGUAACUGCAUUUAUUCGUGGUUCUGCGGGAAAACAGGCACUGGAUCAGAGAAAAAGAGAAUUUGUUAAAUAUAGUAAAAGGUUUAGCAAUACAUUAAAGGAAUAUUUUAAAGAAGGACAAGCAAAUGCAGUAUUCGUAAGUGCAUUAUACUUGAUACAUCAAACAAAUAUGAUAAUGCUCACAGUAACGGACAAAUGUGAGUAAUGAAAGCUCUGUCAAAUGAUAUUUCUGCAAUAAUGAAAUAAGUCAUAGCUAUUAUAGAAUUUAUUUAAUAUACUAAUUUAAUCCAUUUUGCUAUGUAUUUGAUAAGAUUUAAUUAUCAGAUUUAAUAUAAAACAUAUAUAUAUGGUACUAUUGUUUUAUAUGUAUUAAAUCGUUAUAAAAUUAUUACAUGCAGAUGAAUAUAUAGAUACAUAAUAUACAAAAUUCUUAUAAAAAAUAUAAAUAUUAUUUCUGAUAUAUUGUACUGUUGUUUUGUACAUAAAACAUAGAAGACUCUAGUUUAAAAACAAAAAACAUUUAUCAAUAAUGGUAGAGAUUUAAAAUGAAAGACAUUUCUCCAAAUAUAUAAGAAAUAAAAAUUACUUUAUUGAUAACAAAUGUA